AUGCUCCGCCGUCGCCUGGCUAAGGACGACAAUGUCCAAUCCCCUCCUACGGACUCGUCUCGCGAUGAAACCAAAGUAGUCACCGCUACGCAGGCUGCGACGUCACCAGAAAAACCGAAAAAAGAGUCAUUCGUGACGAAGCCGCGGAGUAAGCGUCGCAAUGGUCUCAUCUUCGUGCUCGGCGGCAUCUUCGGAAUUCUCGUCGCCGCUUUUUUCGCCAACCAGCAAGAUGUGAUCAGUCUCGAUUCGCUGAUGGACCUGAACUUGGAUUCGUUGAUGGAUGUCAUACCACAGGGCAUUGUGAAAGAUGUGAGGGAGUUCUCGCAACAUGAGCGUGAUGCUGUCAACUAUGAUUCAUUCGCCGUCGGUCUACAACUUCAAUCACAAGGUAUUCAAGCCAAGCAUCCCAUUGUCAUGAUACCCGGCGUUAUCUCCACUGGGCUCGAGAGUUGGGGCACUGAGGUGUCCUCUCGCCAGUACUUCCGUAGUAGACUCUGGGGCAGUUGGAGUAUGAUGCGCGCUUUGGUCCUGGAUAAGACAGAGUGGAAAAACCAUAUCAUGCUGGAUAAGGAUACGGGAUUGGAUCCGCCCGGGAUCAAGCUCCGAGCGGCGCAGGGGUUUGAUGCGACUGAUUUCUUCAUCACUGGCUACUGGAUCUGGAAUAAGAUUCUCGAAAACCUGGCGACGAUCGGGUAUGAUCCGACGAAUGCUUUUACUGCCGCUUAUGAUUGGAGACUGUCCUAUCCGAACCUGGAGAUCCGUGACCAGUACUUCAGUCGGCUGAAGUCCUACAUCGAGACUGCCGUUCUCGUGAAAGGAGAAAAGGUGGCUCUAGCUUCGCACAGUAUGGGCUCUCAGGUGCUCUUCUAUUUCUUUAAGUGGGUUGAACAUCCGGAACACGGUAAUGGAGGCAGUGACUGGGGUCUGACGGCCGUCCUCUCGGGCGAAAUGAGGGAUACCGCUCAACUGAAUGCCUUCGCCGUGUACGGAUUGGAGAAAUUCCUGUCCAAGGAGGAACGAGCUGAGAUAUUCAGGGCCAUGCCCGGCAUCUCGAGCAUGCUUCCCAAGGGCGGAGAAGCUGUAUGGGGCAAUGCAACAUGGGCUCCGGACGACCAGCCUGGCCAGCACACGAGCUACGGAAAUCUGCUGAAGUUCCAGCAGAGUAACUCGUCCCUGACAGCCAAGAAUCUCACAGUCUCCGAAAGUCUGGCAUAUCUCAUGAACACAAGCGAUGAAUGGUACCGUAAUCAAGUCCAGAACAGCUACUCGCAUGGCGUCGCGCACACCACCGCGCAAGUCGAAGAAAACGAAAACGACCCUCGCACUUGGCUCAAUCCCCUCGAGUCCCGCUUGCCAUUGGCUCCGGACAUGAAGAUCUACUGCUUCUACGGCGUCGGCAAACCAACCGAACGCAGCUACUACUACCAGGAGGAGCGUGACCCCCUGGUCAACCUCAACGCCAGCAUCGACACGACUGUCACCAACAACGAUGGAGUCGACCAUGGCGUUGUCAUGGGCGAAGGCGACGGCACCGUCAACCUCCUCAGCACAGGCUACAUGUGCGCCAAGGGAUGGAAUAUCAAACGGUACAACCCAGCCGGAGUCAAAGUCAAGGUCUUUGAAAUGCCUCACGAACCAGACAGGUUCUCACCACGUGGUGGUCCAAACACAGGCGAUCACGUUGACAUCCUCGGCCGAGCCUCCCUCAACGAACUCAUUCUCCGCGUCGCAGGCGGCCACGGCGACGAAAUCGAAGAAACCUUCGUCUCGAGAAUUAAAGAGUAUGCAGACCGGGUGCAGAUCUUCGAAGAGUAAUACAUAAAUAGAUUUAAUACCCCCUAUGUUUUCCCCACGUUUCUU